AUGCUUGCUCUUGACUAUGAGAAACUGUCCGUGAAGAGCCAGAGCGAGUACAAGACCAAGUUCAAGGUCCUGUACCAGAAGUACCAGGCUGUCAUAGCAAGGAUUGAGGAGCUUGAGGCCAAGGACAAGCUGCAACAAGACCAGCUCCAGUUCCUCAAGGAGCUUUUGGGAUCAAGUACGAUGAGGGCAGUGAGACCAGAGCUACAAACAAGCAAGGAGGGCCGAGCACUAGUGGCCCUUCACCAUCAGAUGCUGCAGCAGCAUUGGAGUGAAGAGGCACUAGAGUCAAAGGUGUUCAGGGAUAUCAUGCUGACUGUGUUUAUACAAGCUUUAGAAACAAAAAAGCUGUCAGGAACACACUUACCACCAUACCCGUUUGGCAUGGAUAACUGUCAUGAUAACUGGCCAAAAGACAAAGCCACAAGCAAGCUGCUUGUGCACUUUGACUGGCGUGAAUGGCAGUCUGAUUCUGUUACAAACAUGGAGGGCCGCAAGAAGGUGGUUGGAAUGAUGAAGGCCAUAACAACGAGCCAUAGCAAGAAGGUCACCAAUAUGAUAAAUUCAAUCAUUGCUGGCAAAAUUGAGGCUAGGGUCAGAGAUAAAUUCAUUUCAAUGGCAGCAGAAUACUGCAAACAUCAUCCAGCCAGUGCCGAUAAUGACAAUCUGGGUGAUGUCAAGCCCAAAGUGCCAGAUUGCAAGGCCAUGGCUUUGUGUGUCAAAGAAAAACUGGAGAGUUGCAUUCAUAAGCGUGACUCGCUGUUAUGUCCUGAGGAUCUAAAAAAUCCCAGGUACAAUGGGGCACUCUGCAUCAACACCAUGUCAGAUGAUAAGGAUGACCCAGAUGCCAUGCCUGGUUGUCUGAUGAAGUAUAUUUCUGUUGCACCUCAGUUCAGAUCUGACUCUGUAAAUUAUUAG